UUAGCCAUGGUUGGAGAUAGUGAUUUGGACUUGUGGUUUUAUUUAUCCUCCGUAAUAGCCAAUGAUAAUGGCGAUUCUGAUCCAACCAUUAAUUCAUACAUUGUUGUGCCUCUUGCCUGAGGAUGGAAGUUCAAUAUGUAGCUACAGUAACGUUAGAUGUAGAAGGCUAAUGUUUUAACUCGCUAAUGUUGCCUCGAAUUGAAGUUAGGCUAGCGAACAAGCAUUUUUAGCCAGGUAGCCUAGGACAACAAACAAAUAAAAGCAUGUACUGCUGUAUGACAGAGUGAUAAGACCGUGUCCUCAACAUGAAAGAGAGGAGGAUGGCAUUGGCGUUUCUCUACAAGUAGGGUGGAGCGCAGCAUAAAACCAACAGACGUCCUAAUAAUGUGCAGUCUGCUGACACUGGAUGACUGGAAACAGCAGAGAUGAAGGAGCUAUGGGUUAUAGCUGUCUUUGCUACAGUCUCUUUUCCACAGGGGAAUCUCACCAAAUCAUCUGCCAUUCUGACCACCAUUGACAUAACUACCCCAACUACUACUGCCCCUUUAACCCCUGACCCUCCAACUACUGACACUCCAAUUACUGGCUACCUAAAUACUACUGGUCUUCCAACUACUGGUUACCCUACCUCUAUCCCUGUUACCAGUAUCAGUCUCUCCUCUCCCACCACAACCCCUCUGGACUGUAUCAACGGUGGUGAGCUGCAGAGUGGAGUCUGUAUCUGUCCUGAUGAGUGGACUGGAGAGACCUGUUCAGAGGAGAAUUUCUGCAAUUCAACCAGCAAGGAUGGAUUCUCCUUCCCAAGAACACCGGUUGGCUGGUCUGCUUAUUCAGAAGAGUCAUGUGAUGAGAAGACAACCAGUGCCGGUUUACCAGAAGCCUCAGCAAGAUGUUUGAAUGACACCGGCUCUCCGAUGUUUGGUCCUCCUUACAUUCUGCAGUGUGAAUUUACCCUCAGUGACAUUCAAGGAAAUAUCUCCAGCAGUUCAGGUGAUUUACUACAGUUAGCCUUCAGUACUCAGAUCCUGACCUCCCAACCAGAGCAGCUGUCAGCUGACAACAUCACCACAGCAGCUCAGAUCGCUAACACACUGCUUCUGUCUGCAAAUAUCACAGAGGACAUCGCAGUGGCAGCUGUAACUACCAUCAGUCAGCUGCUGAAUGCCAGUGAGGAGAGUACACAGGAGAGAGACGCUGUCCAAAACCUCACCGAGACCUUGGAGAAGUUUUCACUGGACCAGCACAAUAAUGUGUCCUUGGUGGUUCAGCCCAACCUGGUAGUCCAGUCUGUCCAAGUACCAAGUGACUCAGUAGGGAUCCAGUUUACUGCUCUGACUGGAAGUUCUGGUAAUUUUGUGGCAAACGGAAUUAAUCUCAACAUCAAUACCUCUGAACUGAUAGCUGACAAAGGAGGUUCUACCGAUGUCCAGAUUGUUAUCAAAUUCCCACCAGUUUUGGAUAGUAAAAACACAAACCACUCCAUUGGUUUUGUGCUCUACCAAAACGACCGGUUCUUCAGGUCCAGUGCUUUCAGUGCUUCUUCAGGGACCAGCAGAACGGUCAUCUCUGCUAACCUGGGACAAGAAUCUGGGUUGCAUGUUGAGAUGCUCUUCAAGCCCACAACUGUCCCCAACGCCUCCCUCCAUGACUUUGCCUGCGUGUGGUGGAACUACACGUUGAAAGACUGGAGCACCUUUGGCUGCUACAAAGUCAACCACUCAGCAGACGGCCUGCGAUGUUUCUGUAAUCACACCACUAACUUUGCUGUGCUGAUGUCGUUCAGGAGGGAUUUUAAAUACGCUGAAGCACUAAACUGGAUCACCAUAUUGGGAUGCUCCAUGUCCAUCAUAGGGUUGAGUUUAACAAUAACAUUCCAGAUCGCAACCAGGAAGUCACGCAAAACCAACCCAACGGUUCUCUUAGUGAGUGUCUGCGUGUGUCUCCUGAUCUUCACCCUGCUCUUCAUGUUGGGAGUGGACAACCCUCAUAAACAGCUGGACAAACCUGAAAUACUCGAGGACAACGUUCUCCCCCCGUCCGACACACACACAGAGCAGGACAGAGGGCCCUGUACUGCAGUGGCGGUCCUGCUGCAGUACUUCCUGUUAGGGACGUUCACCUGGAACACGCUGUAUGCCACAAAUGUCUUCCUGAUGAUCAGAAACAGCCUGGCCACCAGCCCGUCACACUUCACAGCCUAUACCGUGGCCAUCGGAUGGGGACUGCCUGCGGUUGUGGUGGCCCUCACCUUAGGAAUUAGUUACAGAGUGGAUGAUCCACUGGGUUACAGGCAGGAGGAAUUUUGCUGGCUUGCUGCCCUCGAUCCAAAGGGGAACUUUGACUUCAAGCUGCCAAUGUUUUGGGGGUUCCUGAUCCCUGUGGCAUUCAUGCUUAUCUUCAACACAGUGAUGUUGGUAUAUUUUGCAGUUACAACGUGCAAGACCAACCCACAUUUAACUAGUACAAGACACACAUCGAUGAAGAAGAAGUUCCUCAGUAGCUUCUCUCUGGCUGUGGUGCUCGGUCUCUCCUGGAUCCUGGGCUAUCUGUUGCUCAUUACACAGAACCAGACCAUGUACACCAUACUCAACAUCUCCUUCUGUGUUCUCACCACCACUCAGGGCUUGCAGAUUUUCAUUCUGUUCACAGCAAGAACAACAAUUGUCAAGAAAAAGAUGUCAAGUACUUUGAAUUCUGUCUCUAGUGUUGGGAUCCCUCUUCACACUAGGACGUUCAGUCUAUGGCGAGGCGAGCACAGUGAUAAAGUAGAAUCAUACACACAGCAGGACACUGUGUUAUUUCCAACUUGUUCCUCACAGACAUCUAACUGAUGGGCUGCAAGUUCAAACCAAGUUUGUAAAACUUCUCCUCUUGUACUAUAAUAUACAAUAUACUGCACACAAUUUUGUAUCCACGUAGAGUAUAUUUACUGUGAAGACUAGUCCCUCAGUUGUUGUCCAAUGAUUUUUUUUUUGAAUAAAAGUGUUCAAUAAUUA